AAGCAAAAAAAAAACCAUAUAGGAUAAACACGAAUCCAGAAUCGCGGAAAAGAGAGAAAGAGAAGCGACGAAUCUUGCGCUUGGAUCGUCCGUCCCGUCAGUCGGACUGUGGAGCAGAGCAGAGUUCGGUCUAGUUACGGUACGAUCGGUUCUUUCCGUUCAGUCUAACACCAGACAUUUAGCGAGUCGCGCAUGCGUUCUCCCGCAACUCACGCCAUCGACGUUCAGUGAAGCAAAAACCCAGUGGUAAAGUGUACAGUGAGUACAUAUCGCAGACCAAGCCAGGAGGAAGUAAAGGCAAAAUUCGCUUAGACAGACGAGAAAAGAAAAACACUACUUUGAGAAAGUGCGGCGGCUCCCGCGCGUGCUCUCCAGUUAUGCGGAUUUGAAAAAGUGCGUUCUAUCCAAUCAAUCGCCUUAGUUCGUUGUAGACAGUCGAGCAGUCAUCUCGUGCUAAGUACAUUGAUACAUUGGCGACUCGCUUCUGGCAGUUUCCAAAGAACUGUUACUACUUAGUGAGAAAAUCAUCAUCACAAUUUGUGUGCCUCGGUAGAACUGUCAGUGAAAAUCAAAGCAGCAACCGUGGUGUGGGAAGAAGAGUGUGGUUGAGGAAAGUUGGAAAAAGUGUCACUUUUGCCGUUGUCACAAACACCUAGCUGCGCCCUGAACGUACGAGACACACUCGCCGUCGGAGGAGCGCAGCAGGCGAAGAUAAAACGCGACACAAUCAUUGUCGUCGUCGUCGUCGUCGCCGCCGUCGCCGUAAGACUUUGCGACUUUGAGGGGCAGCUUUAUGUAACAUGUUAUCGCGAAAAGACUGCAGACUUCUCGAGUGGGAGCAAAUACGGGAAUAGACAGAAGCAAACGAACGGCGAACUGUCAACCGGUCGGUGAUCUUCUGACAGACACGCAUCAAUCUGGCAGUGCCACGUGCAGCACUAGAGCUACAUACUUAUACGCACCGUGCAGCUAAUCCCCCAGCUGCUGUUGUGAUUGGACCAGCAGCGGAGAGAGAGAGAAAGUGGAGGAACAAUAAAAGAAACAAUUAAGCAAACACAGCCAAACUGUGUGUGGUGUGAAAUCUCGCUCGAAAGGACGAAACCUUCGUGGUCCUGCACCAGCAGCAGAACCGAGCGCUAAACACACAAAAAUUUCAAAGUUAGGUGGGUGGUGACGAAGCUAAGCCAAAGCAAGGGGAGUAAUAGGUGUGAAAACUAACAGUACCUGCUGCACACACAGCAAAGAAAGGAGAAAAGAAAGAAAAAGAUUCGGCACACUGCAGCAGCAGCAGCAGCAACAGCAGAGGCAACGCUACUGCGAAAGUGGGAGAACACACACCGAAAGUGUAGACCAAAAGGAAGCAGUAUCCUAGCCGUGCGGUGCAUUUCAGUUUUGACCGAGCGACGAAGCAGAACUCUCCUCCUUCCGAGUGUGGCGAGCGACGAAGCAGCCAUCAGUCAGUCCCGCGAUCGAUAUCGAUAUUAGAGGAACAAAAACGGGGUAGUGGAAAAAAUUUAAGUAGAAUGUGCGUUGUAUUAGAGCAGGUCAUGAUUACUCAUUUAUAUUUAUUAAACACAUCAUAGUAGACCGACCGCUCCGCCACGGCCGUAGCCGGGAAUUCGCCCCUCCCACCACGCCAAGUUUUCAGUGUAAAUAUCGUUGAGUUUUUCCUCGCGGGCGUGCACCAUAAAUCGUAGCAACCGCUAUCCGGCGGUUCACGAAAUAAAUUUAAAUUUUCCCACGACAACUUGAUUGCAAGUGAGAAAGUGAUGUGUUAUAAAUAGUGUGCGAGAGAGGGGUAAAUCAAGCCGAAUAAGAAGAAGAAAAAUGAUGGAAGAACCAAAGUGUCUGCCAAGUAGUGCCUCCUAAUACGUGUUGAUAAGUUGAAGAGAAACGAAGUAGCGAAACAUAUUGUUUUCGAGCGAAAAAAGUGAUAAAAGUGAUUUGUUGAAUUGCAUCAUAAACCAAUUCGUAUUAUUUUGCGAGUGUGAAACGAAGAAAAACGUUCGAUUUCAGUCGAAUUAUCUAGCUUAGUGCUUAGUGAUUGGAGGAGCAAUGUUAGGAAAAAUGUCCCUACCGACAGCAGCAAGUAUGCUGCUGGUAUCCGUUGCGGUACUGCUUCUGGGACUUACGUCAACACUAGUCAAUGCCCGUCGUUUUUCACCGCUGCUGGUGGAAGACGAGGGAGCCCGUCGGAACCGACCAGCCGAAUGUCUCUUCGGCAAGACGCUCCGCGAGCUCGGUUCCACCUGGUUCGCCGACUUGGGACCCCCGUUCGGCGUUAUGUACUGCAUCAAAUGUGAAUGCGUACCGGUGCAGAAAAAACGUCGAAUAGUAGCACGUGUCCAGUGUCGUAACAUCAAGAACGAAUGCCCGAAGCCGACGUGCGACGAGCCGGUCCUGCUGCCCGGAAGAUGCUGCAAGAGCUGUCCAGGAGAUGCAUACAGUCCUGACAUAGCACACGAUCUUCCGCAAGCGGUGACUCCCGAGGAGGAAGAACGUAGCAAACAUUUCGCCGCUCUUCUAACCGGCCGCACCUCGUCCAUACUGAAGCGGGACGACAUGAAGUCAAUGUACUCGACUAUCAAUCCGCUGAAUAUUGUCGCUACCGGACGUUUCGCGUUCCACAAGAAGAACCUCUACUACAGUUUCUACAUCUCGGAGAAGGCUCCGCGCCCUCGGUCGAUACAGUUUGUCGACAAUCAGGGCAACAUCCUGGAGGAACAUCCACUGGUGAUUCCGGCCGAAGGACCGUUCAGCGUGUACCAGAAUGCUACCGGAAAAAUCUGCGGCGUGUGGCGCCGAGUUCCCCGCGACUAUCGUCGUUUGCUGCGCGAUGACAUGAUGAAUGUCGUCCUGCUAUGGGGCGGAAAGUAUCAAGCCGAGCUGGCGAUCGCCGGUCCAAUCGGAAAGUACCCAGCACUGCCACAGGAACUGUUCAGCUCACUGCUCGAACCGGCACCGGGAACUAACCCCGAACAAAUGAACGGUGCCGGAGGCACAGCGAUCAUUUCCACCAAAAGUGGCGUCACUUCUUCGAUCUAUUUGACGCUUGUUUUGAAUGGAGUAUUUUCACCGGACGACAUCGCGGAUGUACCGCUGAAUAUCCGACUUGAAAUGCAGAACAAGGAUCAUCCUAGAAAGGUCAUUCUAGAGGACACACAGCGCGUUAGAAAACCUGCUCACGACAUCAACAUCAUUGAGGUUUCCUCGCCGCUUUCGGUAAACGAUCUGCGUCUGUUAACUCGUGGUAAGCUUACCGUUGUUGUUGAGUCAAAGCGUAAACCGGAAGCCUUACGCAUUCAUGGAGUCAUCCAAACGCGAGUAGCUUGUGAAGUGUUCCAAACCCUGCUGGCUUCGCACAACCCAGAGUCCCGCACCGAUAGCAGCGGUCUAUCCUGGAUGUACCUCAACAAGGAAGGCUCGCUGGUGUACAACAUUCAAACGCACAACCUGCACAUGAACUACAACCCCGUCAUCACGCUGAUCGACGACAGUGCCAAGCGUAAGACGGACAUCGAAACGCUAAGUUUCAACUCGGACUACGUCUCCGGUACCGUCGACCGGAUGGGACCACGCGUGCUGGAACCGCUCUACUCGAGUGACCUAGCCAUUAACGUAGCCAACGAUUUGAAUCUCAACCUCAUUCACGGAAAAUUUGUCGCUCGCCCGGUGGCCGACGCAAGAGAUUCCAACGCUCCGGUGCUGCUGACACGCAUCGCUAAUUCGAUUGCCCCACCGCACUCUGUCGGUAUGGCUUGGGUGGCCGUCGAUAACGAAUGCAACCUGCACUACGAAGUGACACUGGCCGGAGUGCCCAGUUCGUACCAUCCCGUUCAGCUCUACCUGGAGGAGCUGCCGCUCGAAGUACCCAACGCUCCGAUCAGUCGAACCCUGCUGGAAGACUUCAACGGCAACUAUCUGGAGGGAUUCGUACUGGCCAUGCCCUCCGCCGAACUGGCCAAGCUGGAAAACAGUGUCGUCUACCUAGAAAUACGUUCGAAAUCGAAAGACGAGCCGAUCCUAAAGGCAAAAUUGAAAUCAACCAAAGUUCCGAAUCACUGCACCGGCAAUCAGUACCACGAUAACGACGUGCAGAACAAUUCGAUAAUUUCGACACCGCACAACGAUAACUACAUCCCGAUGGGAGAAACGAAAUGCUAUCAUUCUGAUCGCUUCUACGACGAAGGUGACCAAUGGCACAGUACGCAUGAGUCCUGUACCAUGUGUUCUUGUGUCCACAAACGGGUCCGCUGCGAGCCGAUUCGUUGUCCACCGCUGAAGUGCCGCAAGGAGGACAUCAUACAGAAGAAGGGUGACUGCUGUCCAUCCUGUGCAGCUUCCAGCCCCUCCGACGAUAGCAGACUAUCGUUUGCCGCGCCACGCGGCUGCAAACUGGGAGACCAAUUCUACGACGCCGGAUCAACCUGGCACCCGUAUCUGCCCCCGAACGGGUACGACAACUGUACCGUGUGCACCUGCGAUGCCACGUCGCUGGAAAUCAACUGUCCGCGCACGCAGUGCCCACCGCUGAACUGCAGCGACAAGGUCGCCUACCGACCGGACAAGAAAGCCUGCUGCAAGGUGUGCCCUCAGAUAAAGCAACGCAAACCGACCCGAACGGGUAACGGCGACGAAAUGGGCGACCAGGGUAGCAGCAGCGGUUCGCUUCGGUCCACGCAAACGAUUCUGGCCAACGGUGGUUGCACGUACAAUGCGAAUAUCUACGAAAACGGUCAGGAGUUUCAUCCGAUACUGGCGACCCAUGGCGAGCAGAAGUGCGUCAAGUGCUCUUGCAAGGAUGGCAACAUCAAGUGCGAGCGGAAACGGUGCGCUCGGUCGGUGUGCCAACGGCAGCACGCCCGCCGGAACGCCAUCGUCGACGAGUGCUGCCAGUGCCAGCAGAAAACGGGCCGCCACCAGCACCGGAGACGACAGAACCAACGGCAGCAGCACAAUCAGCAGCAUCAUCAUCAUCAGCAGCAGCAGCAACAAUCGGCCAUAUCUGUAAAAAGUUGAAUUGAUUAGGUUUCGUGUGGGUUUUUUUAAUUCUUCAUUUUUUUUUUGGAAAUAAUCUUCCUUGUGCACAAGCUUCGUGUGCACCUGUGGCUUACGAGAGGACAAAAUUGAAUUGAGUAAGUGAGUGAUUGGGAGUGAAUCAGUAGUAGUAGUAGUAGUAGGCGGGAUGGAUUUAGUCAGUGAUAGGAAGAGCAAAACAAAAAAAAAUUGUGUGCCAACGCCAUUGUUUUUAGUGUCGUCCUGGUAACGGGUGAAAGCGAGCGAGCGAGCGAACGAGCGAGAUAUCGCACGAUUGCGUUUUGUAUUUAUUAAUGAUUAUAAAACUAUCUAUUGUUUGAGGCAGAAGCAGAGCAAAACAAAACCGAAAAUAAGCAAGCAAACAAAAAAAUUUGAUUGCUGUUGUGCCUUCAAUUCAAGGGCGUGUUUUGGAAAGCGAAAAUCAUUAACAUUUAAGUCACGAGCGCAUAUCUAAAACUGUAGGACUUAAGUUCAAAGCUUGAUUUCGACCAGCUAGCUAGGUUUGUUAUAUUUGGACAAAGGAAGCAAAACUUUUUGGCAGUGUAUUUGUUUUUAUUCUUGAUGAAAUUUCAAUGCAGGGUAUUUUAGACAGCAUGAGCGGAUAGAAAUAAUUGGAAAUUUCUUAUUUUAGAGAAAUAAUUCCAGUUGAAACAAUUUUUGUAUCAGAGAACAAUAUUUAUAUUUUUAAAAGUAGGUCUAUAGAUUUACUACAUGCUGGAUAGUAGCUUCUAAGUGAACAUAUUUAUUCUAAAGUUAGUUUACGGAUAAUCGAUCAUUCGCAUUUAAACUACUACAACAUAAGAGCAGAACUAAAACAUAAACAAUAGGAAAGUUGUAAAUGCUUUUUUUUUAUCUAAACACACAUAAUUGCUAAAUUUGAGAUUAUAUAGAGGAUUCAUAGCAAUAAACAUCAGAUUUCAGAGCAUAUUCUGGACUAGAGGUUAAUCCAAUAACUUUUACUUGGAAGCUUGAAACCGACUUCAGUGUCCAGGUCGAAUUUCAUGCUUCGAAAACUUAUUGUCACUGAGUAAAAUAAAAAGGCGGUAGGAAAACGUAGGAGUGUGAGCCUAUUUGUUCAUCAUUUGAGCGAUAUUUAGCAUCUCUCUCUCUCUUCCUCUCUCCAAGAUGAAAGGAAAAACUGUGGGAAUCAAGCACAAUACACUCUCAUCAUCAAACAACAAACAAUAAUUGAACGUUUUUGGAGAAAUAUUGUUUCCCGGGAGAGACAAUCUAGUCACGUGCGCUAGCGCUAGCCAACAAAAUGUUAGGGAAAUCAGUUUUCUACCACAUUAAACUAACGAAUUAACAAGAACCGCCCAGGCUGAAUAAACAAUGGCAUUUCUGUUCGAGCGAGCAGCGGCGAGAGAAGCGAAGCGAGAAGUAGGAAAACAAAAAUAAAAUAAAAAACAUACAUACAAUAGAAACUUAAUCAAUUCAAAUCCUGUGCACACACACACAUACAAAAGAAGAAAAAAAUUGUAAGUGCGAUUGCUUUUUUCUGCUAAGCAAUAUACAUACAGACAAACUUAUAGGUCGACAAGAAAAAGCAACAACUCUUGAAAAGUUUUUUUUCCUGUUACCACGUACCAAAGAAGACUGAUAUAUUAAAUCUUGAAAGUUAAAAGAAAAUACACGAGAAAAAAGAUCGAAAUAAAUUUGCUGAUAUACACAUAGAUACGAUUACAUAUGGAAAACAAAAAAAAAGUGAGGACUUUUAAGAUCCAUCUUUUGGCGCUGAAUUAAACAAAAGAAAACAAAAAUCUGUCGAAAGCAAGAGACACACAUACCUUAUACAAAAUGCAGUGGAAUACUAUUUGUGACUUUGCCAAACUAUCGUAGUAUCGUAAUUAUCAUUUCAAAUUUGACUUUUUUUUUCGUUUCGUUACUGAUACUUUAGCACGGGAAUCUUUAGCAGUUUCAUCCAAUCGAAAGAAGAAAGAAAAACCUUUUUUUUUUGUUUGUUACUCUAACAUUGUAACGUUCAUGCAAGACAGUAUUUCGUCACCAUCAUCAGCAGCUAUCAGCUACGUUUUUACGUUUUUUUUAAGUGCCCGUAAGCAAUAGUAGUUCGUUCGCAUUACUUCUUUUAACGUCGUUUUUAAUCUACAGUAUAGUUUUGCGGUGUGCGCUCUGCGAAGCCUAAAACUUUUGAUCGAAAACAAACUGAAACACUGAAACAGAAACCUCCUAGAAGUUCAACUUUUUGUUGUGUCGCACAUUACCGACACGCGCGCGCGCGCUCAAGGCGUAUGGGUUAAUGCCAAGCAUUACCGGAACGGAAGUAAAAAACAAACAAACAAAUAAACAAAAGCAGUGGAAAAAAGGGGGGAAAAAUCAGCGCAAGGAAAUCUAAGCAUGCCAUAAGUUGUUUUUUUGACGUGGAUACCCAGAAUGUAAAUUAUUAUAACUUUGUAUAGAAACCCAAUAGUUUUAAGAAAUCCGUAGGAAGUUUUCCGCAAAAAACCGUAAAGAGAAAUUCGAAAACGAAACUUGGAUAGAAAAGAAAAAUAUUGAAGAAGUGAACGUGUCCCAAAAAACACAGAAGAAGCAAAAGCAAAAGCAAGCAAGCGGAAGCAGUGGAAAUUGAGAAUCGGCGAAAUGAAAAAAAAGGAGAAUAUAUGCCGCGUCUAUAAACACCCCAAACACACAGUCACCUGCAUACUUAUAUAUAUACAAACCCUAACUAAGGGAAAUUAGAAAACAAACACAAAAACACACUAAUGAAAUCAACGGCAUACUGUUAGGUACUGUAAGAUAUUCAAUCACCAAACAAAACUGCAACAUCAAGACCAGCGCGUGAAAUAAAAACGGAU